UACUCUCUUCCAUGGCGUUGCCCAAUCAGCAAACUGUUGAUUACCCUAGUUUCAAGCUUGUUAUCGUCGGUGACGGUGGCACUGGAAAGACUACAUUCGUGAAGAGGCAUCUUACUGGUGAAUUUGAGAAGAAAUAUGAACCAACUAUUGGGGUGGAGGUUCAUCCAUUGGAUUUCUUCACAAACUGUGGAAAGAUUCGUUUCUACUGUUGGGACACUGCUGGACAAGAGAAGUUCGGCGGACUCAGAGACGGAUAUUAUAUCCAUGGGCAGUGUGCUAUUAUAAUGUUUGAUGUUACUGCCCGACUAACUUACAAGAAUGUACCUACCUGGCACCGUGAUCUUUGCCGGGUUUGUGAAAACAUCCCGAUUGUUCUUUGCGGUAACAAGGUUGAUGUGAAGAACAGACAAGUGAAGGCAAAGCAGGUUACAUUCCAUAGAAAGAAGAAUUUGCAGUACUAUGAAAUUUCAGCCAAGAGCAACUAUAACUUUGAGAAGCCUUUCCUGUAUCUUGCCCGGAAACUUGCAGGUGAUCCUAACUUGCACUUUGUUGAAUCUCCUGCCUUGGCUCCUCCAGAGGUUCAGAUCGAUUUAGUUGCACAACAACAGCAUGAGGCUGAGAUUGCCCAAGCUGCUAAUCAGCCCCUUCCUGAUGAUGAUGAUGAUGCAUUUGAGUAGAACCUGUGUGUGUGGUGACAAUCUUCUUGAGUGUAUGCUUACUGUUUGUUUUGGAGGUUGUAAUAUUCACCUUUUUGGAUGUGGAUUUGAGGAUCUAAAUUCAACCAGUAUGAAAUAUUUUACUUGAA